AUGAAGACUAACGCUUUUGUUCGGAAGUUAGCAUCCAAUGAUAGGAGAACCCGUGAAAGGGCUUUUAAAGUCUUGAAGCAGUAUCUUUCAUCAGAAUCGCAUGCCGAAAGCUUAAAUAAGUUAGAACUGGAGAAGCUAUGGAAGGGGUUAUUUUACACGAUGUGGUUUAGUGAUAGGCCACUACCACAGAAACGUUUGGCUACAAAGAUGUCUCAAUUGUUCUCUCAAUGUAUGCCUGAAGAGAAGUUUCCGGCAUUUGUCUCUGCAUUUUGGUAUAUCAUGUCACAAGAAUGGUCUAAAGUUGAUAAAUGGAGAGUGGACAAGUACUUGUUGUUGAUGAGGUAUGUGGUAAAAGAAUGCUUUGAAAUGCUAAAGCAGUCCAAAUUUGAGGAAAAACUUCUGUGCAGAUAUUUAUCUGCAUUGGAGAACGGUAUUCUAAGCGGUGAUGUGAAAUAUGCCGGUGUUAUUGUUUUCCAUAUCGUCGAUGUGUGGCUUGACGAAAUCGAAGAAGUUUUAUUUGAGGAUCUAGAGGAUAGUGAUGAAGACACAGUGAAAGAUACCAACGAAGAGGAAGUGCGACAGAAAAAAAGAGAAAUCAUAGCCAAAGCGCCAAUUGACAAGCUUCUAGAACCAAUGGUUAAUCUAUAUAAUAAAGCUCCUCAAAAGGGACUUAAGAAAAGAAUCGUUGAGAAUGUCUUUGAAGAAGAAAGACUUGAAGAGUGGGGAAUUGAUGGUUCUAAAUACAUUGGAGAGAAGGAUGAAAGCGAGAAAAAAUUAAAUGAGGAAGACGAAGAAUGGCACGGAUUUUAA